AUGGAAAGCUCUGAGUCUCAGGAGCCGGCGGCCCUGAGGGGAGCUGCCUUUUGGAAGAUGCAGCAUGAACUCAGGAAGCAGCAGAUGGAAGAGGAGAAGGAGAAGAUCAAGAAAGAAUGGGAAGAAAAGAAGGCCAAGAUGGCUUUUCUGGACGCGGAUCCCUUUGCUGAUUCAAGCCCAAGAAGCGCCAGGGUCUUGACGCGCCUGAAGAGCUUGACUGAUCUCAAAUCCAUCAAACCGCUCAAACGCGUCAAGAGCGAGACGGACGUGUCCAGGGCGAAACUGCAGAGGCGCCGUCGCUCCAAUUCGGGCGACUGGCACUACCUCCAAAACGCCAGCUCACAGGGCCCGCCUCAGAGGCAGCAGAUGUUUGGCAGACGCGUCUUCUCUUUUGGUUCGAAAGGCCGCAUUCGUUCGCCCCCGCCAUCGCCUUCUCCCCUUCCAUCAUCCUCGACCAAGCAGAAGGCCUCUCUCCAAUCUUCCAGUGGAGGUAACGCCAUGCUCCUCAGUACCCGCCGGAUGAAGCUCAGGACUCUGUUGCCGGGCAGUACCAAAGCCCAGGACUAUCCAAAAGGAACCUUGCAAAAUCCGGCUACUGAGUUCAAGGGAGGCUCAGCCUGGAUGGAGCUGAAGUCUGAGCAGCAAGAGCUGUGGAUCGAUCUUUUCUGGCCCAAUACUGAAAACAGCAGUGACGAGAAAAAUAUGCUCAGCGUCGAGGAGCUCAAGCCGCUCUGCUCGUUCCGCAACCUGCGCGUUCUCAAGCUCACUGGCAUGAUGCAGUCAUACCAGAAAUACAUCUGGCAGGCUGCUUGGCUCAAUCACAACCUGGAAACCCUCGUUCUUGAGAUGGCACUCGAACCACGCAUUGAGAGUCACUUGAACUGGCCAUGGAUCAGGGGUGAUUGGGCCCCUCGCGUGAGAGCUAACGAUCAUUGGGAUGACUUUGGUGAUGGCAACGGAUCUCUCCACGAAGAUCUCGGUGAAGGAGAGUACUUUGACAAUCGAGCCAUAGAGAAAGCGAAGCUGCGCGCUGGCAUGAUGGACUCGACCGUCUGGCAGCUGUCGAUUGUCAACCUGACCCUGCGAGGCUUCGUCGUCGACGCUUUCCCUUUUCACUUCUGGUUCGACCCCGAGCGUCUCAACAAGAUCACUUUGACCGACUGCAUCGACGCGGGUUUCUACCUCCCCAAGACCAUGACAGGAAGAGUCUCGAUUGAGUUCCCGAAGUCAGCCCCCAAGCCUCCCGAACGGGCCAAGACCGGCGUCUUUGUGAAUCUCAAAGAGCAGCUCAAGCUGGUCCAGCUGAAGGGCGGCAAAAAGGUGGCCGAACGCCUUUAUCACAGCAAAGAUAACACCACGGGGAAGAAACCUGUGUAUGAUGCAGGAGAUGCUGGCAACAACAACAACAACAACGGGGAUGAAGGCAACAAAGGAGAAGAUGUCGAUGACAAGAAGAAGCAGAGGAAGAAACGUAUCAGCGUGUUUGGCAAGAAGUGA